CUAACCAACAAUCCCACAACAACACUUCCUUUUUACUGAACCAUAAGCAGCAUAACGAAUCAUUCAGCAUGUCGUACAACGUAUACCGCCAAUCGCAGCACUACCCCCCACAGCAGACACCCCUCCACGACGACGAUUACAAGUACCGAGGACCGUACAGCCCUGAUGAGGAACACGACGAGCCGUUCGACGACGUGCGCGCGGAUUUCGACGUCAAAGGUCCCAAAUGGAGCGCCGGAGGAGGAGGAGGGGGAGGGGGGCUGAAGAGUCCUGGGUUGGAAGGGGAGACAGGGAGGGGGAGUGUGAGGGGGAGUGUAAUGGGUGUGGGCGUGGUUGGUGAUCGAAGUAGCUAUAUGCCUGUGAGGGGUCAUUCGCCGUCGGGGGAGUAUGCUUCACAAGACAAGUCGCUCGCGUCGAGGGAAGAGCUCGUAUCCGUGCCCGUCCUUGGCCCCGAGUGGAGAAAGGGCGAACUGCAUGAUAUGUCUCGUCGUGGACAGAAAGAGAUCCAGGGAGAAAAGCGGAUGAGAGCGUGGAGAGAGUGGAAUCGGGAUCAGAGAGGGUUAUGCGGGGUGAGAUGGUUGUCUAGGAAGGUGGUGGUUGUGAUCGUCUUUGUCUUGCUCGCCGCGCUCGGAGUGACUCUCUACUUUCUCAUCCCCCGCGCACCGACCUUUACAUUCUACGGCGAGGACCCCUUCAGCGUGCGCAACGAGACCAUCAACUUUAACCGUUCCCCCACAAACUAUUCAUUCUCUGGCAACCUCAACCUCUAUGGCGACGCUUCCUCCUCCUAUGUCCCGGUGCAUUUCACGCAUCUGGAAGCUACGGUGUAUGACCAUGUGACGAGCAAGAAGAUUGCGACGGGGGAUUGGGGAAACCAUGUGAUGGCGCAUAAAGAGCAGCAGGCGGUGUUGUUGCCUAUUGACUUUUCGUAUAGCGCUAUCAACACUUCGGAUACUACUUGGAACGACAUGUACAAUGCCUGCGCGCAUAUCUGGACGGGCACAACGCGUCCCGACCUCAAAUUCCGUCUCGUACUCGAGAUGUCUAUCGUGGGGCUUGUCAAGAAGACUUCGACGACGGUGGAGAUUUCGGAUGUGACUUGUCCGUUCGAGCUCGCUGCCGAUGGUGUCUAGUGGUUUGGAAGAGGCAAGGACAGUUCAUCGAGUAUUUACUUUUCUGUGAUACCUUGACAAGGUGGAAACGUAUGUAUACUAGCAUUGCUUAUGCGUCAUGGUUUACGGUACGAGUACUGUGCGGGGUUGACUGGCGGUAAUGGGCAUUGAUCAGGGUCGCCAAACGAAGAGAUCCUAGAUUCCGAG